AUGAACAAACGACGAAUGAUGGUAUUUAUGCCAGACGAGAAGCGCGACCACAUGGUUGGUUCUCCGCAGCAGCUGCCAUUAAAACAUUACUUGGAAGACAACUACCAUCUCCAGCAACAACAUCUGCAACAAGUUAUUCAAAAACGUAGAAAAUUGAGUGAGACAAGUAGUAGUAAUUCUAUUGAGCCUAAUUUAAGACAGCAGCAGCAAAUAAAGAUUCAAAUACAACCUCUUGUAGAUUACUCCUCCUUUGAGUUUCCUAAAUUUGAGAUACAUGGAAAGUCUUGGGUGCAAAGACCUACAAACUUGGUCCGUUCUCGUUGUCCUUCGCUGAUCGGGCGGCGGUUUCGAGGAAAUGCAUACAUAUCUUCAAGACCUAACGUGCACUGUCAUUCAAAAAUAAACCAGUUUGAACCCGUGAAAGAAAAGUUAUCCAUGGUCAAUAAUAAUAAUAAUUCUCUGGAGCUGUCAUAUCAACAAAGUAUGACUUCUGUUAAUGACGAGUCACAAAAAACCAUUGACAAUUUGUCUAGUAAUUUUAAUAAUCAAUUGAGUAGGAUUACGCAUCAGCAAGAAGUUUCUACCGGUAUUACUAACAAAUGCAUGAUUCCCGUAGACGCACCAGAUUCCGUUCGUAAUCAUUCUAUAACAAUAGCAGAUCAUGUUCCAGGAAACGAGAAUCAAGAAUUUUCAAUUCUCAAUAUAAUUCCAUCUUUAAUUAGUGAAAAACAUCGAAAGGCUGCUUUUGUUGAAAACCUUGUCGAUACAGCUGGCCUCAUCAUUGAGGUAAUUUGGGCCAAUUUUUCCGUAAACCCUAGCGCAAAAAUCAUUCCACUACGCUUAUUCCUUCAAGAAACUUUACGUCGUUCGAGGACUUCCUAUUCAACCCUUCAAACUGCACUAUUUUAUCUUUUUCGUAUCAAACCCCAAAUUUCAUUUUCAUCUAUAUCUCAACGUUCCGAAUAUCCCCCAACCCCAACCUCGGAGUUUCCUCCAGAUAUGAAUCAAAGUCAGAAUAAUGAUCCUGCGACUUGCGGUCGACGUAUGUUUUUGGCAGCUCUGAUCGUUGCAUCAAAGUAUCUUCAAGAUCGUAAUUAUUCUAAUCGAGCAUGGUCAAAAAUUUCUGGUCUCCCUGUUAACGAAAUAAAUGCAAAUGAGAUUUGUUUCCUUAAACUUAUCGAUUACAAUCUUUUCAUAGCCGAAAACAUCUUCAAACGUUGGAGUAGUCUAUUGUUAACACAUAUUCAAGCUAUUUCAGGUUCAGAGAUAAGUAAUCCUGACGCGUUCAGGCGAGCAGAGAAUCAACGAGAGGUUGCAAUAUUUCGUGAAACUUUGAAAUCCAUGGAUCCAAUGACAAUGGAUUACAAACAUACAUGUUAUCCUGCUACACCUGCUGAUAGUGCUCCAAGUUCACCAAAGGAAUGUAGUUCAGAAAUUGUGCAAGUUUCAAAUUCUUAUUCAUUAACUCCUAUAACACAACAACCAACUCCACCAAUAUCAUACGGAAAUUUUGUUGAUAAUGCUAAUAGGACUCUGGAUAAUUAUGUGAAUUGA